AUGGUAAACGUAGAGCUUUUGAAAAAACAUGCUGCUCAAUAUAAGUUGACCAAAGAUACGGCUGGAGAAUUUCAUAAACAAUUAUUCAAACUGCAUAAAGAUGUAGCUGAACACUACAAUGCCGAAGACAUUGAUCCAGAUGCAAUUCCAAAAUCACACAAAUUUAUAAUGUUGGGUAUGUCUGAACUGCAGUUCUAUUUUCGUCUGCCGGAAGCAUUCGGCGAAGAACGACGGUGGCGAUCAGCUCUUUCGUCGUUUAAGGAACAGUAUGAAGAUGUUGGUGUACCACUCAAAGACUUUGAAGUAAGUUUUUUGUCAUUUAUCUAA